AUGGCUCAAGAUACUUUAGUCUGGUCAUCCCAGCUACUCGUCGCAUCGCCAGAGCGGGCGCCUCGACUAACCGGCGACAAAAUCACUCUACCGCAAUCUGCGCUCGAACAGCUGCUAGCCGCCGCUCCGCUUCAAGCUGUCCCCUCCGGGAAUUCUCGUAUACUUACUUCGUCAUUCGAUCCCUUCAACCACCAUACCUUCGCCGCCGAAUCGCGUGCCCGCCAAGAGGUCGAGCAACGUCAGCAGCAACUACCUCACCCGUUAAUCUUCCGUAUUGUCAAUCCUCUGAAUGGCCGGUUCAUCUAUGCGGGCAUUCGGGAGUUCUCCGCUGAAGAAAAUGAAGUCGCACUGAGUACAUUGCUCAGAGACUCACUCGAUAUCAAGGAUGAAGAAUUCUUGAGCGAAAAUGGCGAACCACGAGACCUGGCGGGGCCCCAAAUAGAAAGGGAAUCCUCACCACGGACUGGCCCUGCGGUCACAGUACAUGCGAAGCAACUACCCAAGGGCACCUAUGUUCGCCUCCGUCCGCUGGAAGCCGGAUACGAUCCUGAAGACUGGAAGGCUCUUCUGGAAAGAUACUUGCGGGACAACUUUACGACCCUCACGACGGGCGAGCUUCUGACAGUCCCGGGUACCCGUACCGAGUCAUUCAGGUUCUUGGUGGAUAAGGUGUUUCCCGAAGGCGAAGGAAUAUGCGUGGUGGAUACAGAUCUUGAAGUUGACAUUGUCGCAUUGUCAGAGGAACAGGCCCGAGAAACGCUACAGAAGAGAUUGGAAAAGGCUUCACGUGCGCCGGGUACAACUAGCGGCAGUUCGAUCGGUGGUAUCCUCAGCAUUGGAGAAGAUGUCACUGCCCAAGUAUUGCCUGGGGAAUAUGUGGAUUAUGAGCUUCGAGAUUGGAACCGCCAGGACACUAUUCAGAUUGAGCUUACUACGGACAACCCGGAAGUGAGUCUUUUUGCUAGUCCCUUUUCUACUCGCCAAAGAAGUCGUCCGAGAUCAGACAUGCAUGCCUUGGGGGAUUUCUCGAGCCAAUCGCCCAAGAAAUUCGAUCUUCGGCCUACAAAUGUGGUUCUAGAAGACGCCGAGGCCCUCUAUAUAGCAGUUCACGCCGACCCUGUAAGCAGUGAAUCGUCUGAUCCACAGCAGCAGUCACCAUCGCAAUACCACCUGCGGAUCACAGUGAAUCUAUUGGACUCAUCGGUCAAUCAUAAUGAGACGAAAGCGUCCCAUGAGCCUGGCGAUGUGCAGUGUAAGAACUGUCAACAAUGGGUUCCUGAACGGACACUAGUUCUCCACGAGAACUUCUGUCUCCGCAAUAAUAUAUUAUGUCCACAGUGCCAGAAUGUCUUCCAAAAGCGGUCUCCAGAGUGGCAAGACCACUGGCACUGUCCACACGACUCCGGCCAUGGCAAUGAUGCCCCAAGCAAAGAAAAACAUGACGCUAUCUUUCACCAAACACACAAAUGCACAGACUGUGCCGGGGAUUUUGAAGGACUCCCUAGUCUUGCGCAACAUCGUACUACAGAUUGUCCUGGAAAGUUGAUUCUCUGUCAAUUCUGCCAUCUUCUCGUGCCACAGAAAGGCGAUUCUGACCCAGAUUUCCGCGACCCCGAGGUUAUGCUCUCCGGCCUCACUCCGCACGAACUGGUAGAUGGAGGGCGCACCACCGAAUGCCAUCUGUGUAAUAAGAUUAUCCGAUUACGAGACAUGAACACCCAUCUUCGUCACCAUGACCUGGAGCGCUUUUCUCGACCCGCACCGCGUAUAUGCAUGAACAGAAAUUGCGGCAGGACAUUGAACAAAGCCGGAAAUGAGUCUGUUGGCCUCUGCAGUUUCUGUUUUGGACCGCUCUAUGUGGACACGCACGAUCCAGAGGGCAAAGCACUGCGUCGUCGCAUUGAACGCCGAUAUCUCUCUCAGAUGAUGACCGGAUGUGGCAAGCCCUGGUGCCAGAAUGAGUAUUGCAAAACGGCAAAACAGAAAAUGGCGCCUGCCUCUGCUCCUCCAGCCGCGAUGAGUGUGGUGGAAAUCAUGAAGUUGACACGACCUCUUGUCGAAGCUCUCAACACCCAGCCGGAUGUGCCUAACACGGCGCCUUUAUACCUCUGUGCUGAUGAAACAAGUCAACACCGUCGCAAUCUCGCAGAGUUGAUUGCAGCAGAGAGCACUGAAGGGAAUGACAAAGUUUAUGAUCUACCAUGGUGUAUUGCAGCAGCCGAAGCCGCGGGUGGCGAUUUGGAGAAGGCGAGAGAGUGGCUAUCUAAAUGGGCACCAACUCAGGGCGCAACGAGUACAUGA